AUGGUUGUGGGAACAGCGGGACAAAAGAUUACUCAAAUUGGCCAGCAGUUUCAUGAAACGGUAUCUCCAGAAUUGACACAUUUGGUCCUUCGUUCCCAUCUUAUCAAGACCAUGGAAGGUUUGGAGGGACUCAAACACUUACAGCUCUUGGAGCUUUAUGACAAUAUGGUUGAUGAAUUGAAGAAUCUGAACGAUGGCGAAGAUGGGACUCCUGGAAGCACCCUCACCAUUUUGGAUAUGAGCUACAAUGUCAUUCGAGACAUGGAGCCUGUCUCAUUCUGCCCCAAUUUGACGGAAUUAUACUUGGCCAACAACAAGCUCAAGUCAAUGGCAGGUCUCAAAGGGUUGAGCAAGCUGCGUAAGAUUGAUCUCGGAGCUAACCGAAUUAGGGUCAUGGAUGGAGAAGAACUCUCAGGUCUUGUGAGUCUGGAAGAGCUCUGGCUGGGAAAGAACAAAAUUGAGAAAAUUGAAGGCCUGGAAAAUUUGAAGAAGCUACGUCGCUUGGAUGUUCAAUCCAACCGCAUCUCAGAAGUGGAGAAUCUGACCAGUCAGAAUGACACUCUGGAAGAGUUGUACCUGGCGCACAAUGGCAUUACUUCCGAGGGAAUCACAGCGGAAUCUGGCCUCGCUCAGACAUUUCCCAAGCUGAAUGUGUUGGAUUUGAGUCGCAAUCGCAUCAUCAGCACGGCUCCGUUGGCUCAUUUGAUCUCACUAGAAGAACUGUGGCUGUCUGGCAACAAGAUUGCCAGUUUCACAGAUGUAGAGCCCCUGAGCGCCUUGGGAAGCCAUGGGUUGGAUACACUUUACCUGGAAUACAAUCCCGUCGCGGACGAGUUUGAGUAUCGAAAGAAAUUAGCGGAACUGAUAGCAUCACUGAAACAGAUUGACGCUACAAUGAUUGGUGGUUUGGCUCAGCAUGGAAUUUUAGCGGCAAGAAACGGUGGAACUGCAGAGACUGUGGAGGAGCAGAUGAGACGCCUCCAAGACGCUGCAAUAGCACGAGCCAAGCAACAAACUGAAGCGCAAAAGAAGACUGCUGAAUAG